AUGCGCUUUGAAGUACCGUGUUCUGUUCGUCUUUUUGAAGUUGAUCCUUCCAGAGGUCACCCAGUGACCUGUGACAAUCACAGAUGGAUCAAACCUUGGUGUUCGGACUUGCUUCUCGACCCGCAGAUCUUUUCCACACCCGAGCGGGAACCGUCUUUUCGCAGCUGUUCUCGACCCAUGACGCAGCUUGAAGUGCCAGAGUCUCAGAACGCCCCUUUGACCCCCACGUCGCAGAAGUCGAGUCCCACCAAGAAGAUUCGAGAGAAAGCUGCGCAGAUCCGCAAGAGCUUCCAGCGUCCAAAGUUUUGGGUCUUGGGCUUUGGCUGGUGCCUGGCGGCUUGCGCUGGUGCUGCAAAUGUCAUAGCUUUCAAGAGCUGGCACCUGUAUGCAUCACAUGUGACUGGCAGUACGUCCGCCAUGGCUUUUCGAUUGGAAGGCUAUCAUCAAGGAGAAUACGGAUCAGAGAGCCUGAAAGAGGCUUGCUUUUUGGUACUCUCCUUUGUGCUCGGUGCCUACGCAUGCGGUCUUUUGAUUGACAAGAAUCAAGUCCACUUCUUGGGCAAGGCCUUUUACGGCUUGGCGCUUGUGUUGAACUCAACCUUGCUGGUGCUAGCCGCAUUUCUUCCAGGGCGCUUGCUGCCAGUGUGCUUCGUCUCUGCCGCCUGCGGACUUCAGAAUGCCAUGUGCACUUCUCAUUUCGGUGCCAUCAUUCGCACGACACACGUGACAGGCACUGUCACCGACAUCGGCUCCACUCUGGGGCGGAUCAGCAUGAUCUACCUGCGCAAGGGCUGUCGCCGUUCCAAAUUGGAUGAUGUGGAGCUAGCAGAGGUGAGUGUGGACAGCCGAAAGCUGGCAGUGCUCAUGGGCCUGUGGAGCUUCUAUUUUGUCGGUGGCCUUGUGGGGAUCUACAUGGAGAACAUCAUUCCAGGCCCCCCGGAGCGUGCCUUGUUGCUGCCGGCGACCUUCACGGGCGGCUUGGGCCUCUUCUACAUGGCUUGCCGCAAGAUGCUCAAGGAGUAUAUCAAGAAGUUGGAGAGAGAGCGCUUUGAAUCUGACCUGGAAGAAGCGCAUAAAGUCUUGGUUCACAUGGGCAGUCGUCUGCAUUCUCUCGAGACCAGCGAUCACUCUGUGGUUGAAUUGGAUGAAGAGAUGGGACAGAUGAUUGAGGCGCUUCAUGAAGUGGAGGCCGACUUUGAAAAUCUUUGCCGGCAGAAAAGCCAGAUCCUCGAACGAAGUGUGACCGGGGUUUUCGCUCCGCUGGCCGAGCCGCCGCGCGGCGGAUCCCCGCAGGACUCCCUGAGGGAGUGGCGGACCGUUGGCGGACUGUUGAAGCAGGUGAGUCUUUGCAGCAUCUUUGCACUUGAGUCCAUUGGAGAAGGCAUUGAGUCCAUUCAUUCACAGGCCGCCGAUCGUGCAUCCGGGGCACAUUCCCAGGCCCAAAUCGGCCUCCAGGCGUGCCCGGCACGCCGCUCCGGCGGAGAACGGGAGUUGAGCGGAGAACGGGAACCGGCGUCUUUUCCGAGAAACUUGGGGGAGCACAAGUGCUACCAUCCCUUUCCCCCGGACGUCGGCUCUAAGGGCCUGGACUUCACCUUUGUGCCUCCAAAGGGCGAGCGUCGUCCUGAAAUGCUGAAGCAGAGCAGUGUGCCGAACCUGGUGCACGACCGCAGCGAAGUGCUUCGCGGCGGCGACGUGCGUCGGGGGUUGCGCGAGCAGCGGGCUUCAAAGGUCGCGUCGCAGACGCAGGCCUACGACCCACGGGACCCACGCCCAGGUUUGAGGCAUUCCUCCUCGGCCACCAGUCUCGGUCGGGGUCCGGGGCGGGAGGAGCUUCGGAGACCCAUGAGGUAUGAUUCGGCCAGCUCCCUCUUUCACACGCCUGAUCACGCGAGCUUUGCCAAGUCCGACGCUCUGCAGUUGGAGAGCAGGCUCACGCAACGCCUUCGGGAGUACAGCUUCUCCAACAUCGAACCGACACGAAGGCCCCGUCGGAAGAGCCCAUCGGUGCCCCGCGAGGAGCUCCGGCCGGGGCUCUUCGAGCGCGAGCUCCGUGCAGGACGCAGUCCCUACCGGCCGGGCGCCGUCUCCUGGCCCGAAGGUGCCUACAGCUUCCACUCCACCGCCACGCCCAGCAAGAGUCGGGCCUCAGCGACCUCAUCGCCUUACCCACAGAGCACUUACAGCCAGUUUGGAGGUGCUCCGACUGAGGAGGGGGAGUCGCAGUUGAAGAUUUACAGCGAUCUUUUUGAGGAGGUCAUCGAACGCGACCGAGUCUUUGGGCCCUUGCUCCGCAAGGUCAAAGGUGCUUAUGACUCCUUGCUGAGUCAGGCUCCGCAGGCUCCUUCGAUACCUGCAAUGCCAGCGCCACGAGAGGAACGCACUCCAGGCAGCUUGCGCGCCAGCCGCUCCUCCGAGCCCACGCUGCGCGUCGAGGCGCCUGCAGAUGCGUGGGAGCUCCAUCGAGAGAACCAGGCCUUGAAAGACCUCAUCGAAAGGCUUCACAUGGAGCUCGAGGAGGCCGUGAAGCGUGAACAACGCUGGAAGGCCAAAGCUGCCAAGCUCAAGGCCCGAUUUUCAGCGCCAGUGCAGGCGCAGACCGACUACCCGGGUCAAUUCCAAGGCUGGGUCCCUGUGGAUGAAAGAGGUUAUGUCUUAACGGACUGGGCACGCCAGGAGGCCGAGCAUUUGGAGGCCCGUCCCCAAAGGCAGGUUUUCCAUGCCAAUCGAAGGGAGCCGGGCUAUGAGGGCGUCGACAUGCUGAACCAAGCACACCUCAUGAGCCUCAGCUCCAUCUCACCUCAAACCUCGCAGUUGCAGCCCAUGGAUCAAGGCUCUGCCCGCUCGGACGACAGCGGCAUCCUCCCACAAAGACCCGAGCGUCGGGUGGUGACGAGGCCAGCCUCCGUGCCCAAGUUGGAUCUCACCCAGAUGCAACAGCUGCUGGAGGAAGAAGACUACGAGGAGGCGGAGCAGGAGGAUGAGGAUGGCCAGUACGACGACGAGCACCAGCCACCGGGCGCCGGAGGCCUGCAUGACGAGAGUGAUGACGGCGGAAGGCCACCCAGCGAGUAG